CACUUCCCCUCAGGCAGCGCCGGGUCCCGCCGAGCCGGGCCGGUCCCGCCGAGCCGCCCCGCUGCCCCGCGCCUUCUCGCAGCCUCCRGAGCCGCCGCCCGCCCGCCAAGAUGGCSCAAACCUGUGAUAUAGAUGAAAUGUUCAGCAAUUUACUUGGGGAGAUGGACAUGCUGACUCAGAGUUUAGGRGUGGAGACUGUACCACCUCCAUCCCCCAAAGUGUCCAAGAAUGAAUUUAGCUUUACAGUUGGUUUUAAAGAUUUAAAUGAAUCCCUAAAUGCCCUAGAGGACAAAGACCUGGAUGCUUUAAUGGCUGAUCUUGUAGCAGACCUUAAUGAUGUUGAGCAGAGAACUUUACAAGCCCAGAAAAUUUCUUGCAACCAGCAAAGUACAGUCACUCAGCCUUCAACAGGCUUGAAUAAUGACAUUUAUUCUAAAGCAAGUCCCUAUGUUACCGUUACUGGACAGCUGGGGGAUGAUUUGCCCCCUCCACCUCCAGACCUUGAAUCAGAUCUGCCACCGCCACCGCCACCACCUCCUUCUGAGCCACUUACCCAGGAAGAACUAGAGGCAAAGGCUAAAGCUGACAAGAUUAAACUUGCAUUGGAGAAACUGAAAGAAGCCAAAGUUAAAAAGCUUGUUAUCAAGGUGCACAUGUACGAUAACAGCUCAAAGUCUCUAAUGGUGGAUGAGCGUCAGGUGGCACGGGAUGUUUUGGACAAUCUCUUUGAGAAAACCCACUGUGACUGCAAUGUCGACUGGUGUCUGUAUGAGAUGUACCCAGAGCUGCAGAUUGAAAGGUUUUUUGAAGACCAUGAAAAUGUUGUUGAAGUGUUAUCAGACUGGACUCGAGACACUGAGAAUAAGAUUCUGUUUUUGGAAAAAAGUCAAAAAUAUGCUUUAUUUAAAAAUCCCCAGAAUUUCUACCUGGCAAACAGAGGGAAGAGUGAAAGCAAAGAAAUGAAUGAUAAAAACAAAGAGGCUUUGCUGGAGGAAAGCUUCUGUGGGACAUCUGUCAUUGUGCCAGAGCUUGAAGGGGCCCUUUAUUUAAAAGAAGAUGGAAAAAAGUCCUGGAAGAGGCGUUAUUUUCUUCUACGAGCGUCUGGGAUUUAUUAUGUACCCAAAGGAAAAACCAAGACAUCACGGGAUCUGGCAUGCUUCCUUCAGUUUGAGAACGUGAACGUGUAUUAUGGUUAUCAACACAAAGCGAAAUAUAAGGCACCUACAGAUCACUGCUUUGUUUUAAAGCAUCCCCAGAUUCAAAAGGAGUCACAAUAUAUCAAGUACUUGUGCUGUGAUGAUAAAGCAACCCUGCAUCAGUGGGUAACAGGAAUAAGAAUUGCCAAGUAUGGCAAGACACUCUAUGAUAAUUACAAACGUGCAGUGAAGAAAGCCAGCUUGUCCUCCCGGUGGGCAAAUCAAAAAGUGGUGGAACCAGCUGCCCCUGCAGGAUCCUCAUCAGCAGGUACUGUUCAGUCAAAUGGACAGAUUCCCCAAAUUGUUCAGCAUUCCACUGCAGAAUUUCCAGACACUCAGAAGAAAGGGGAUACAUGCGAGGUGCAGGUUGAAACAAAUAAUGCCAGUGCACCUGGCCUGGCACAGCCAUUGCUGAGGCCACAGAAAGUCCAGAGUAAGAGGAAUUCACUGCAGCCUCCUCCUCCACCUGAAAGGCGUUCAUCUGUUCUUUCUGCUUCACCAAUUCUACCCUCCAAAGUGAAACGAGACAGCGGAAUUUUCCUAACAGAUCCUGAGAGUUUUCCAGCUCCACCACCUACACUGAAGAUGGAUUUUCCUCCACCACCAGCAUCCGAUUUCUGUGAGCCACCUCCUGAUUUUGUGCCUCCACCACCACCAGUCUCCAGCAGCAGUAAUGGAGAUGUGCCAUUACCCCAUCCACCUCCACCCAYCUCCAGUAAGCCUCCACCACCUCCAGCAAAGAAGCCAGUGCCACUCCCUCCAAAAAGGCUGGAAAACACAGGACAAGAUGGAGAGCCACAGGCAGCAGGGCCACCUCCGAUUGCAGGGGGAGGCAGGCAAGCAGAUUUCAUGUCUGACCUAAUGAAAGCUCUUGAGAAGAAAAGGGGCAAUAGCUCCUGAGCUCUGGGAAGGGGUAGACUUUAAGACAUAGCUGGUUUUGUGAAGCAUCCUAGGUCACGCUGGAUCAGGCUUCUCCAGGAGGCAUUCUUCUUCRGAGUUCCUCUUGGGGGGGGUCUCAGGAAGAUGGGGUGCCCUUUGUCCCCCACUUUGUCCCUGUAACCUGUGCCUUUCGCCCUGCACCCCACCAUCCCUGCUCUUAACUCCCAUUCCAGCACCAGGCCAAGGUAAGAAUCAGCUGGAGAGUCUUGUUUCACUCCACAAGGACAGCCAGGGAUGGUGGAGCUGCACUCUGGAGCCAGCCAGAAAGUGAAAUGCAUCUUCUGUGGCUGCCUCUCUAGKCAAACUAGAGAUGAAGUACAAUGUCCUCAUGUGAAUUUUGAGAAGGGGGAAGAUSUCUUUUCCCAGAACUGCCCUUUGUUCUUUAUCGGAAAACUCCCAGCUAUGGGGUUUUUUUCCAAUAAAAAGACUCUUCAAAAAUAUUUUAAUAGUUUAUCUUAAAAAGUAAAACCUCAGCUUGAUUCUGAGAUGCAAGUGGGGACCAAGACCAUUUCCAGACAGUGGAACAUUUGCAUGUAUAACCCCAAACAUUAUACACUCCUGUUCCUUAGUGAUAUGUAACUCAGUCAUACAUGUCAGCUACUGCUUUGAAAUCUCUAAUAACCUUAGAAUAAUCUAAGGUUAUUUGGUUAACCUUAGACAAAGAAUUUAUUUUGAAAUCAUGUAUGAUUCCAUAGUAAGCAGGGAUUUUUUUUCUGUUGGUUAACAUUUGUCUUCAAGCUGUACUUAGAAAUUAUCUGUCUUGUGAAAGACGUCGUAAUUAUCUUGUACAUGAUAGGAAUGUCUUCUACAUUUUUUUCAUUUGUUCUCCCCAUUUAAUUCUCCACUGUUCAUUUCGGAAGGUUUCAUUGUUAGUUCUUAAAUAAAAAUAGCUUCUAUUUUAUAUCUGUACAAAGUGUCACAGUUAAUGAGCAGGCAUUUUAUUGACAAUUGGAACCACUUCAAAUACUUUGAAUAUUUUUUGCCUGUAUCUUCUAGGCUUUAUUUUUAUUUAUUCUGGUCUUUGCCUCUUCUCAUGCACAUUUGACUUUCUAAGGUAUUACCAAUGAUAUAUUUCUAUAUCUUGAAUUAUAAAAAAGCAUAAAAAUUGUGUGGUCUAAAUAAAUAAACACAUGUAAGCAGCUAACAGAGCAGGGGGUGAACAUGCUGUGUUUGUCAGAAUUGAUUCCUAGAUCCAGAAGUGGCGGUGCAGGCAGGAGAAUAACAAGCUGGUGGCAGUGCCAUAGCCUGUGUUUYGGGUCAUCACUAGUCUUACUUGUGGCUUAAGGUUGGUUUGUCAAUACUCACAUACCUGCGUAACAAGCUUAGAAGAACUAAGAAAAGUGUAACCAUGUCUUCAUGAAGAACCUUUCCCUUUGAAAUUGCUACUUUUUAAAAAAAUUACAUUAUUUUAUWUAAAACUGAAAACAAUGUUUGGAACCACAUGCAUUUCUUCCUGAAAGGAUUUUGCUUUAAACACUGCAGUAAAGCUGACACACAGAGAUUCCAUCCAGCCCUUACUGAUAUUUGAGUUCCUUUGCUUUCAGCUGAACUGAGCAGAAAACUGUCACCAAGAGAACUAUGCUCACCACUAACAAAAGUGUCACCUGAAAGUCUUGAAUUGAUGUGCUGGGACAUUCAAAAGGUAUCUCAGCACCUUCAGACUGCCAAACUGAGAAAUGCUCUUGAGACCAAUGCAAGGCUCAUGCAUUUAGUAGAAGCAUCAGUUCAMAGUACAGGGGUAAAAUAACAACUAGCUAAAAUCCAGAGGGUUAAAACUAGUUUUAGAAAAAAAAUAAAAAUUACCAUUUCCCAAUCCCUUUCUAUAUAUAACUGAGGUAAGCAUUAUGCAGAAUCAUUGAAGAGCUGGAUGUCACUUU